CGGGCACACUUUUGAAAUAUGGCGGAAUUUUGAAAUGAAAGAAAAACAGCGUGCUCCAAAAACCUAAUUUUAAACUGAUUUUUUGUACUGAUGUGUUUGGAAAGUACAAUUCCAGGCAGUUUGUAUGAAUAGGAACAAUUGCAUACUGUCUUUGGGUUGUUGUGGGGUUGGAUAAAUCGUAUUUGUUUUGGUAUAAUUGUGAGUUAAAAUUAUAAACUUUCUGCCACAAUGUCUGGAUUUGGGGAUUUGCUACAACAAGCAGAACAGUUGACAGCUGAUAUAGAGAGUGGAGGAGAAUUGCCGAGGAUUGAAAGGAACUUACAUCAACUUGCCGAAGCCGGGGAUAGGUUGUGGAAGAAGACCGCAGGGGGGGUUGGAGAAGAUGCCGACGUCAGAGCGUAAGUUGUGGGCUUAGCACUAUUUUCCAUCCGGCAAACCGCCCUAUCGAUUUUCUAGGGUCGUUUCUUUCUGGAUUUUUUUUACUAAUUCAGUUAGAGUUAGGGUUAGAGGUUAGAGUAGGGGUAGGGUUUGGGUUAGUUAUAUAGCCAUUUAACACCCCUUCCAUCUUCCGAAAAUGACGUCAGGUCAGUUUGCUGGAUGGAAAAUAGUACUAACCAAGUUGUGGGCGGCCAGUGUGGAAAGUUUGUAUCACACGGCGGAGAUAUGAUUCCUAUAUAUUUACUAUUAAAUUUUGAAAUCCCCGCCAUGCGAUUUCCAAAUUUUCCAGUCAGGGAGGGCGGCUAAUGGGUUUGGUAUAAGCUAGGUGAUGGUGAGCUGAUACCCUAAAUUUUACUAAACUCAAAUGCUAUAAAAUAAUGCCUAAUUACAUGCCAUUACAUGUUUGCAUUACUUGGGUACAGACCCUUACAAUCAGGGAUGCACAUUUAACAAAUUGCUGGGGGGUGGGGGCUGAUCUGGGACUGACUUUUCUGUUCUGUAACAGACAUUUGUAGGUAUACAAAAGAUAAAAAGCACUUUGAUUCCUUUUUGAAAAGGUUUUAAUCGUUUUUAGGUGGAGAUUCGGGCAAAACCAGACUAUUGUAGAAUGUAUUGUAGAAUAUUAUGCACAAUGAACAUGUAUGUAUAAGUUAGGCUAUUUUCAACUACUUUUUUGGUAGGUCUAUCUUAUUGGGUUCAAAAGGGUUUGAUCUUCCAAGAUUGUCAGGAAAGUUAGAUAAUCUUAGUACAGCAAAAACAUUUGAACCACUGGAACCAAUCAGAGAUACUGAUAUACAGGUAAUUAACCCAUUAUUAUACACAAGAAUCUGCCAAGUUAAGUUGUUUGACAUUGUACAAAGUAAAAUGGGUUGUUCCAGAAAAGAUCCACACUGCCCUCAUGGAAACAAUUAUUCUGCCAUCUGGAGAGGGAUGGACAAAAAAUUGUUUCUGAUAAUAGUAAAUGUAUCAGGACAUCCAAAGAGGGUGGGGGUGGGGGUAACUUACAAUUUCCUAUGUGAGGGAGGUAUGGAUGUUUUCUGGAAUGACCCAAUUCAAAAGAUGAUAUGUAGACCUAAGUUUUCCAUAUUUCUAGGGAUUUUUAAGAAAUGAAAGAGAAAAUGCAAUCCUGGCUGCAAUUGAAGAAGCAAAAAAGAAUGUAAGACUUAGUGAUUUAAAAAAGGACCAUGCCAGUUUGAAUAUCAGACCUUGUAUUUUGAAUAGCUUGAAAUGUCAGGCAUUUUCCCUGCUACAUUUUGAGGUGCAUGAUUGUUUUUGGAAGUCGUCUUGUUUGAAAUUUUUAAAUUGGAGACUCUCCAUUUACCUAUGGAAUUAUGCCAAUAUGGUAACCUUGACAGUUCAGAAAGCAUUACUAAUAGUGUGCUAUUAGAAGGAGUACUAUAAAUAGCCAGUCUGAGUAAGCAUGAUUGCACGCUUGCACACUGGUUGAUUAAUAUGUUUCAUGAUGGUUUUGGGGACUGUCAUCCCCUGUCACUCUCCUUAGCUCCCCUGCUUAUUAGAUAUUGUGAGAUAAUUUUAUAAUUUUCUGCAGACAUUUGAUGAGGCAGAGAAAAAUCACUGGAGAUGUAUGGAAAAUGAAUGGGAACAACAGAAAUUAAAAAUCUUGAAUUCCUUAUUGGGAUCAGAACAUGAAUCGUUGGAUUUAUCUGCUGAUGUUUUAGUAAGAUAAUUAUUCUAACGCCCAUAUUCUAAAAGCACACUCACACUCAAUGAGUGGAGGUUCUAUCUGAGCUUCUCUUGAGUGUAAAUGCUGUUUUUAAAUAGCUGGAGGGUGAGUUGUUGCAUAGUAAGGUACAACACGAACCCUCCAGCUAUUCAAAAACAGCAUUGACACUCGGGAGAAGCUCAGAUUGAAUCUCCACUCAUUGAGUGUGAGUGAGCUUUUAGAAUACGGGCGUAAGUCUAUGGUGCCAAUCUCAUUGCUUUGUACUGCUAAUAACAGCUGUUGCUGUGUCAAUUUUUUAGUAUAACAAAAUAAAAAAGAUGGAAUUAAAAUUGCAUUUUUAGGAUGGUACUUUGAAUCGUGUCGACCUGUCCCAAAGAAGUGGGCUAGACUUUGUUGAGAUGGCUUAUGCUAGACAGGUAUGAAGAAUAAGACAGAAAAAUCUGUUUUUAUUUAAAUGUCUAUAUGAUUUAUAUGACAAAAUUAAAUUAAUGAUUUAUGUGACAAAAUUAAUCCAUUAAGCACCAGCGCUCUCCCCUUGACGAGUAAAAUCGUCUGGCGUUAGACAGAGUAAAACACUAAAGUAAGGUGCGUCAGGGUGCAAUGCGACUCAAUGGGUUAACUUGACACAUGGGCAGAUAGGCCAGUUAACCCAUUAAGUGCCAGCGCUCUCCCCUUGACGAGUAAAAUUGUCUGGCGUUAGACAGAGUAAAACACUAAAGUAGGGUGCGUCAGGGUGCAAUGCGACUCAAUGGGUUAAAUCCUUUUAUAGUUUUAUAUGUAAAAGUAGAGCAUGUUUGCCACUUCAAGGGUUACAAUAAAACAACACACAAGUUGUUUAUAUUUGUUUAUUCUAGAUUUAUAUGUACAAUGAAGCAGUCAUCCAAGGCAUGGAUUUUGAUAUUGUAGAGGGUUUUCAUAAUACAGCCAGCAAAUUUAAUGACCAGGUACCAGUAUGAAAGAAUAAUAAUAAUGUAUUAAUAUACCACGUGGUGUUUCCACAAACAACAAAAGUAUAUGUUUUAUUGCCAUGCAAACCUAUACAAAGAAUAAUUAUAUAAUAAUAAGUUUGUCAUAGUUUACAUGUUAUUUACAUAUCAACUACAAAUUUUUACAAUACAAUAAGCUUACAAAGACAAUUAGUUGUAACCAUUGAACUAAAAAUAACUGCAACGCUACGUUCAGUAAACUGCACAUGCAAAUUUUGAAGCCAAAAUUUGACCUCACUGGUUUUGACUCCCAGACACAUACUUCCACGCAUGUUUCUACUGCGCGAUUUACUCGCAAGACAAUGCAGGGGGUGAUCGAAACAUGCCGUUUUGAACGUUUUCAUGGCAAGAUGCGAAUCGAAAGGGAAACAGGCCUUUUAUUUUAAAACGGGUCUUUAAAGCCUGUGUAUGACCUUGUUUUAAUUUAGCUUCAAACUUCCGCUUGAACUUAGCAUUCCAGUUAUUUUUAGUUCAAUGGUUGUAACAGGAGAAAGGGACAGAACGUAACCCCUAAAUGGAACAUAUGUUAUUUAUAUCAAUCUUACUUAAUGCCAGACUUCAUGAUUUUAGCACAUCAAAGAUUGCUGGACCCUGGUUGACCAAAUGACAGAUCUUCAAACCCACAGUUCAACAACUUCCUCUGAAACAACCAGGUGCUUACAUGUAUCUUAUAAAGGCCCAUUUACACUUGCAAUUUUUGCUGCGAUUUUCUUCUGACGCAUGUGAUGAGUUAUGAUUGUUUUAUUGAGUAUAUUUACCCUCGAUCAUCAGAAGGAGAAAAUUGCACUAGAAAUCACAGCAAAAAUUGCAAGCGUAAACAAGCCUUUAGAAUUAUUGCAUGCAGUAUUAUUGACUGUUUUUGGUAUAUGUAGUACGUACGCAUAAUUCCACUGAAAGUCAUACUUGUACUUUGUUAUAGAUUCUCCACCGAUUCUCAAACAUUCUUUAUACAACAAGCAAGAUCAUUCUUAGAGAAACGGUAAUAUAAAUGAGAAACUACAGAUGUGGACUUGUGCUUUAAUAAAUUACAAAAAAAAAUUAUAAAUACUAAACUUUAAUCGG